CAAUGGCGCAAGGGGAAGAAGGAGAUAAACCUUUUGCUGAUUUUUGGGUCAACCAUACAGAAAAACAAAGAGCGGAGCAGGUUUCUAUUGAAUCAAAGAAACCAUGAUGUUGCUGCUGUAUAUAAUCUCCAAAUGGAAAAGAGGUUAUUGGUUCCUUGGAUCGCUGUAGAGAAGGUAUAAGAAGAAAGUGCUGUCAUUAUUACCUAUGGUGUUUAUUUAUUACUGUUGCUUUUCUACAACUAUGGGGAAGUUUGGGAGAGAAUAGGAAUAUGUGUGACUCUUUGGACUUGCUGGGCUUCUUCUACGGUUGACAAGGGGAUGUAUAACAGAAGUGGAUGCAGCGUACACAAGGAGAUCUCUGAUUAUGUAGACCAUAAGUGUCAGCCUAGGUUGUAAUGUCACUAUGAACAAUGGCCCAGCUUUACUACAAAAAGGUGAAUUACUCACCCUACAGAGAUCGGAUUCCACUGCAGAUUGUGCGGGCAGAGGCAGAGUUGUCGCAAGAGGAAAAGGCCUACCUCAUUGCUGUGGAAAAGGGAGACUAUGCCAGUGUCAAGCAUGCCCUGGAGGAAGCCGAAAUCUACUACAACAUCAACAUCAACUGCAUGGAUCCACUUGGAAGAAGUGCUCUUCUCAUAGCCAUAGAGAACGAAAACUUAGAGAUCAUGGAGCUUUUGCUCAGCCACAGUGUCUAUGUAGGAGAUGCUCUUUUGUAUGCAAUAAGGAAGGAAGUGGUGGGAGCUGUGGAGCUACUUCUAAGUUACAGAAGACCAAGUGGAGAAAAGCAGGUACCAACAUUAAUGAUGGAUACACAGUUUUCAGAAUUCACACCAGACAUUACGCCCAUUAUGUUGGCAGCUCACACUAAUAACUAUGAAAUUAUAAAACUUUUAGUCCAAAGAAGGGUGACAAUACCUCGCCCGCACCAGAUACGUUGCAACUGUGUGGAAUGUGUCUCCAGCUCGGAAGUUGACAGCCUCAGACACUCCAGGUCUAGACUAAACAUCUACAAAGCUCUGGCCAGCCCAUCUUUGAUUGCCUUAUCCAGCGAGGACCCUAUACUGACAGCUUUCCGCCUUGGGUGGGAGCUGAAAGAGCUCAGCAAGGUGGAGAAUGAGUUCAAGGCAGAAUAUGAAGAACUAUCUCAGCAAUGUAAGAGGUUCGCCAAGGAUCUGCUUGACCAAGCUAGGAGCUCUCGAGAACUGGAAAUUAUUCUUAACCACAGGGAUGACCAGAGUGAGGAGCUGGAUCCUCAGAAGUGUCAUGACCUGGCAAAGCUGAAGGUAGCAAUAAAGUAUCAUCAGAAAGAGUUUGUGGCACAGCCAAACUGUCAACAGUUACUGGCUACACUGUGGUACGAUGGAUUCCCAGGUUGGCGCCGGAAGCACUGGGCGGUGAAACUGUUGACCUGCAUUACUAUUGGAUUACUUUUUCCUGUGCUUUCUAUGGCCUAUUUGAUCGCACCCAAGAGCAGGCUGGGACUGUUCAUUAAAAAGCCAUUCAUUAAAUUUAUCUGCCACACAGCCUCAUAUCUCACUUUCCUUUUCUUCUUGCUUUUGGCAUCCCAACACAUAGUUAGAACUGACUUGCACAUGCAAGGACCUCCACCCACUGUGGUUGAGUGGAUGAUAUUACCAUGGGUUCUAGGUUUUAUUUGGGGCGAAAUAAAAGAAAUGUGGGAUGGGGGAUUUACUGAAUAUGUUCAUGACUGGUGGAACCUCAUGGAUUUUGCAAUGAAUUCCCUCUACCUUGCAACCAUCUCCCUUAAAAUUGUUGCUUAUGUAAAGUACAACGGCUCACGGCCAAGAGAGGAAUGGGAUAUGUGGCACCCAACGUUAAUUGCCGAAGCACUCUUUGCAAUAUCCAAUAUCCUGAGCUCCCUGCGCCUCAUCUCACUGUUCACAGCAAACUCCCAUCUUGGCCCCCUACAGAUUUCGUUGGGACGGAUGCUGCUGGACAUUCUCAAAUUCCUCUUUAUUUACUGCUUGGUGCUUUUGGCCUUUGCCAAUGGACUGAACCAACUCUACUUUUAUUAUGAGACCAGUGCCUCUGAGGAACCCAACAACUGCAAAGGAAUACGCUGUGAAAAACAAAACAACGCCUUCUCCACCCUUUUUGAGACCCUACAAUCCUUGUUCUGGUCAGUGUUUGGUCUCCUGAACCUGUAUGUCACCAAUGUUAAAGCACGUCAUGAGUUCACAGAAUUUGUUGGUGCCACUAUGUUUGGAACGUACAACGUGAUCUCCUUGGUUGUGUUACUCAAUAUGCUGAUAGCCAUGAUGAACAACUCUUACCAGCUGAUUGCCGAUCAUGCUGACAUUGAAUGGAAGUUCGCAAGGACAAAACUGUGGAUGAGUUACUUUGAUGAGGGCGGGACUCUGCCACCUCCAUUUAAUAUUAUCGCCAGCCCAAAAUCUAUCUGGUAUCUGAUCAAGUGGAUCCAUUAUCAGCUGUGCCCAGGAAAACGUGAAGAAGAGUUCGAGAAACAACAUGAAAACCUAAAGAGUUUCACUGAGCGGCAUGCUGACAACCUGAUUCAAAAUCAGCAUUACCAGGAGGUGAUCAGAAAUCUGGUCAAACGAUAUGUUGCAGCAAUGAUAAGGAAUUCAAAAACAAAUGAAGGGUUAACAGAAGAAAACUUCAAGGAAUUAAAACAAGAUAUCUCCAGCUUCCGUUAUGAAGUGCUCGAUCUCCUGGGAAACAGGAAGCCUCCAAGGAGAAGCUAUUCCACCAGCAGCACAGAGGUUUCACAAAAAGAGGAAGGGCCAGAAGAACGUCCCAAGGCAAAAAGUGUAUCCUUCAAUGUAGCCGACAAAAAAAAAGACUUCAACGUCUCGGCUCUCUUUAAAACAAUGUCUGGGAUUGAGAUCAUGGAUGAUGCUCCCAAAAGUAAUGGCAUUAGUAAGCGCUCCUUUAUUCGAAAUGGCAACAAACUGCAGAGGCUUUCAAGUUCCAAGAAAGAGUCCUUCAAAAGACUAGGCUUACUCUUUUCUAAGAUGAACGGACACGUGCCAGAGCCUGCUAGCAAACCAGUAUACACCAUCUCCGAUGGUGUCAUCCAGCCGCAAUACAUGUGGCAGGAAGGAAAACAAACUGACCAAGAGCCAGAAUGCUCUAAAAGUGAAAUUAACCUCAAUGAGGUGAGUCAAGAUGGGGGCACUGGUGUACUAAGUCAGGAUCACACUCCUAUUCAUACCAGCUCCCUACACUGUGCUUCCAACCUCUGCUCUUCUAAUGCCAAGUUGAUAGACUCAACAGAAGACGUGUUUGACUCAUGGGGCGAAGCAUGUGAUCUGCUCAUCAACAAGUGGAAAGACGGGCAGGAGGAGCAGGUCACAACAAGACUAUAAGAUAACUACAUAGGACUGCUGUAAAAUUUAGCAACUAUAGAUUUGUAACAAUUUUCUUUUACAGAGUAUUAAAUAAGGUAGGAAUCCCUUCCCGUUCACUUAGAUGAGUGUGGAAGUCCAUUAACAGCGAUCUAUUUUGCAAUAUUUUUUUACCAUUUUUGUUUGCUUUUUAUAUCAAUGCUACUAAGCUGUGUCUAAGCUUUCUUGUUAGUCUUUCAGCAUCAGCAGGGCUUUCUGACUAUCGAGAAACACUAAUGGGGAAUGCAGAAUAUGUGUAGCAAAUGGAGCUGCACUAUAUCAUAACAGCUUGCCCACUGAUAUACGUCUCCUGAUAUUUAGCCAAAAUUCUCUUUUUCUGAUGCAUCGUUUCAAAUUUUGUAUUGUGAUUUCCACCAGCAGCAUGUGGAUUUUGACAUGUUUGCACAAAAAAAAAAAAAAAAAUGUAUAUCAAGCUGGCUACAGGGAAUAGCUUAUUCUUAAGGGUUGUUAACCUUUCACCCUCCUAUCCCAGCACUUUAGGACUAAAUUUGAUAACGACUAUAAAUAAAAUGGCCACUGUACAAACAAUGUAUUCCUAUAAUUUAUCACUCUGCAGUAUCCCGUAGACAGAAGCUGUGGAGUCAUGCAACAUGGCAGGAACGUAUCGGCAAUAGAAGGGCCAUGGAGGGAGAGCCGCUGAUAUAUAGAAGUUUAUGUAUGUCAGAACAUUGUCUAUUCCCAUUGGACUUAAAUCAACUUUUCAUUCAUAUUGUAGAUCCAUUUCUCAUGGAGAUAAGUGCCCACCAACAUCCCAAUCCUAUAGUGUUUUUAACUCAGCUGAUUUGUUGGUCUUUGAUGGAUUUAAAUGGUGUAUUGCUUUGACUGGCAUAUGUUUCCAAUGUUAACUUGAGAACUCAGGAACACUGUUUCUAUGGUUUAGAAAACAUUACUAUGUUGUUAAGCAUCAUGUCCAUUCUACUAUUGCAGUCCAUUUUACAGAAGAACAAUGAAGUACAGUAGCGCUUAUAGGGAAUAAACUUGGGUUAUAUUUCUGCUAGCGACCAGCCAUUGUCCACAUAUCUUCUAGUGCUGAACCACUUUUUGCAAUUGUUAAACACAUGUGGCCCUUUUUAAAACCAUAUAAUAUGUAUUUUUAUGGGAGUUUAUUUACAUGGAGCUAGGAAUAUAAAGAUGAAAAUAUUAAAAUGUGUUCCGUUUAUAAAUGAAAUAAUAAUAAUGCUUUUCCUUCUCCGUAGAAAAUAUCUACUUUAUAGAACUCAAUUGUAAACAUGUAGUCAGAACGAAACCUUGAGAAUUCUUGAGAUGAUUCUUGGCUUCAUAUAAAACAUUUCCGUAUAACUCUUAUUAUGGAAUCCAAUAAUAUAUUCACGGGAGAAAAAUGGUUGGUAAAGAAAUGGAUCGUAAUAAUAAUAAUGGCUUUGCACAGUACAAUUUUCUUAGCAGAAAUUUCAAACUAACUUAAUUCUAAUUUACUAUUGAUAUGUUAGGUGUUUAUUUUGGUUAUUUGCUAAUGGUAAAACCAAGAGUAUCCAAUCCCCAUGUAUGGUCCACAUAUAGUAAAUAUAAAAGGUGUACUCCGCCCCUAAACAUCUUAUCCCCUAUCCAAAGGAUGUCUGAUCACGGGGAUCCCGCGCGAUCUCGGCUGUGGCACCCAAGACAUCCGAUGCACGUGCCGGAUGACUGGUGAUGUGGGGCGGAGGCUCGUGACAUCACGGUCAAUGCCCUGCUUGUGAUGUCACAGCCAUGCCCCUUCAAUGCAAGUCUAUGGGAGGGGGUGUGACGGCCAUCUGAUUGCGGGGGUCCCCAGCAGCGGGACCCCCGCGAUCAGACAUCUUAUGCCCUAUACUUUGGUUAGGGGUAAGAUGUCUAUGGGCGGAGUAUCCCUUUAAGCAUCCUAAUAACUAGCUUGACCUAACAUCAGUAGUAUCCAUGCCUUAUUUACCAACACAUUAAACUAGGUAAAAAGUAGAAGAAACGUCCUUCUGAAGGUCUACUUAAAAAGUAAGGAUCAAGGAGAACACUGGGAAUCACUAAAUAAUCUAAAGUCAGCGAUUAUGCAAUCCUAAUCACUCUCUACUCUUUCAGUAAGAUUACCCAGCAAGGCCUAAGACCCAACACCCGCUCAGGGGCUCUUAUAGCUAUUUCAGGGGAACUAGCUUAAAUGAUCUCUCAAUAUAUUCUUGGUUAGUAUUUCAGUAAGUAUUUGUACUUCUUCUAGUUGUUCACACAUAUUAAAUUGUACUAUAAAAAGCGACGACACUUUGCACUAUACAAAAAUGUCAUUAUAACUUAAUUUAUUGUGCAUCCAUUCAAUAUGGUUUUAAGAAGCAGGAGGAGCAGCUCCUACAAAAUUGUUUGUAAUCUAAGCAUUAUGACUUGUUCUAAAAAAUGUAUUCAAACUAAACCAUAAAGCACAAGGUCUGGUGAAUUAUAUAUGCAUUUAGUGGUCGUGUAGAUAAGGCAGACUGCUAUGGAACAUAAGUGAUACAUUCAGUAGGUCAAUAGAGCACAUGAGGGAAUGACGGCUUGGGCUAUUACUUUGCUGUGGCUGGUGUAUCUUAUCUAUGUGCGGGAAACAUUCUUGGUUAAUUCUAAUCUUGAGUAAAUUAAGCAAAAUUUCAAAUUUUUUGUAACACUAUUAUAGCUAAUUGAAGAAUCUUCUACAAACCAGUUCCUGCUUUCUUCUAAAAUGUCUAUUAGUUAUUAGUAUUCUUUAGUCACCUUAUAUAACUCAAAGUGACUGAGCAUAUAGUGCAAAUUUAAAGUUACCCUCCUCCAAAAAAAAUUGGAAAAGGGAAGCAAUCUACCUACAAAGUUAUAUUUGCCUGGUGCCUGGCAUUGCAGAGAUCCAUUGGGGUCCUUCAUGAUGGCUCCAUGUCCAAACCUUUACAGUAAUGUAAAUAAAUGGGCAAAAAAUCUUAAUUUUGUCUCCGGCACUGUGAAGCCCGUUAUUUUAGGAUCAAGAAUAGCCAGGGAAAAAAUUGUGCUUGCACUGUCUUUUUCUCCAGCAAUUCUCUCUCCAUAAAUAACGGCGUUCGAUGGACCCCACUGACUAUAAUGGGGUCCAUCGGACCCGUUAUUGGCCAUUAAGACCCGUCAAAAUUAUGACCGCCAAACUGAAAAAAAUUUUAAUAAAAAGGGAGUUUGACGGCUGUAUUUGACGAGGCAUACCGGCAGUGUGAAAGGGGCCUUACACUGAAAAUUGUUGGCAGAAUUAAAAUUAAGUAGGAUCGGUAGUAAAUAGUUUUAAAUCUAUGGCAAGUUGCUAUAAAAUUCUCUGUAUCUUUUAUAUUAAUAUUUUUCUAGAUAUAAGGGAAACCUCUCAUAGAAUGCUCUGGAGUGGACAUCACCUUUUUAGGGGUAAUGCAAUAAUUACAGCUGAAAUUGUUUAAAGGGGAAAUUAACUAAUGUUUAAAGACGUUAUCCUGGGUUGCAAAAAGGGGCCCUAAAGAUAUAAAAUAACAAACCAAAAAGUUAUUCAUCUCCGAUCCCGUGUUGUCCAGGCUCUGGUCUGUACCCUGGUCUUCCUUUUGGAAUAGGACCGCUCCAGCCAAUCAGCGGCCUAAGCGGUCAUGUGCCAUACUCAUCACACAGUGAUGGAAGCCAUGAAUCUAGGAGUACAGCAAGUGACCACUGGUUGGCUGCAACAUUCACGUGCCGUCCGUUACACACUAAGUGUCACAACCAGAGCCUAAAACAGGACAUCAAUGCAGGAUUAGAAGAGUGAGUAAAUAUUGGUUUGUUAUAUCUCACUUGACUUUUUCUACAAUCUGGAUGAUCCCUUUCAACAGCAUUUUACAUACACGGUAUGCUCCUAGUAAUUCCCAAUGUCAAAUUUGCACAUACAUUUGUUUGAUUUUCCUCUUUUCAUUUCCCAUUAUUUUAACAAAUAUUUACUGAAAUGUUGCUCAAUAUUACUAUUGUUUGGGCACCUAAAUGACCAUUAACUUAAAUUUCGCCAUCAAUCAAUCUUACUCUCAUAUAUACUGUAUAUAGCAGUUGCAAGAGAGAUACAAAUACUGUAAGUCUUAUAUAUCUGCAUGUCUAUGUCAGUUACACAGUAGCAGUGCAGUAGGUGUCAUGUCAUAAGUAGUCUCAAGAGCAAAAUAAUGAUUUAUGUCCAUAUCAGUAACUACAUACAUAGUUACAUCAGCAUAGUAUACAUUAGUAGAGGGUGUAUAUUCUACUGCCUGCACUAGCAACAUCCUCUGACCAGGUCACACUACAUAGAACCUGUUUGUAGCCCAUAACCAUAGAGACACUUAGGUCUACACAAGACCUGCAGAUAAAUACAAAGUUGGUUAUUUUUAAUUAAAGGGGUUAUGUGGCCAGAAGGGAGAGGGGGCUUGGAUUAGACCUAUGCCCAGUGUGUGUUAUACAAACAAAAAAAAUAAACCUGUACUCACCUCCAGUGUUCCCAUGGUGCCUCUGGUGUCCUACUCAAUUCCCUGGGUGAAAUCCUCUUUAUGAGCUGCAGCAUAACACCUGGGCCCAGGAAGCACUCAGGCCCAAUGUGUCAUACAAUGUGCCAUGCUGGCCCCAGUGCUUUCUUGGCCCAGGGUCAUGCUGCAGCUCAGGAAGAGGAUUACACUGGGGGACGAGAGCAAGACACCAGAGGUACUACUCGAGUACUUGAGGUGAGUAAUGGUUUAUUAUAAUUUUUUCUGACACACACACACUAGACAUAGUUCUAAAAAUGAAUUACAGAAUGAAUAAAAACUGUUGCAAAGGUCUUUAAAAGGCUAUAACCUUAAUUUUUUUAUAUGGGCCAAGCAGGUCAAAAACAAAAGAGAAAACAUAGCUCAUCUGCUUGAUCCCCCACUGCUGCCACUCCAACCCUCAGAAAAUGCCCUCUCUACAAACCCCUUUCUGCAGUAGUGACUUAUCAAUUCUGAUGGCUGAUCAAUUCUUAAAUGAUAUUCUUAAGUAAACACUGCACAACCCAUUUAACUGUGCAUCAAAAAGAGACCAAAUAAAUUAUAUAUAUAUAUAAAUUUAAAAAAUUCCAGUGCCUGUCUAGUACUGUGAACACAGAGCAUCCGAAACUAUGGCACUGAGUGGCCUAUUAGGGUUUCCAUUUAUAAUGUACAAAACAUGUUUCAAAACUUUUUUUUUAAACCUGCACGGUUUUGUUAAAUUAACCGUGUGUUUUUGGAAGGCUCUCACUGCUGGUAUUUGGCCUCUGAGAGUUCCCUCCAUGGUGCACAGAUAUUUCUCAUUCUCUCCAUUCCAGAGGAUGGGACCAGAAUUGGACUGUUUGCCAGCAGAACUAACAAAGGAAAUUCCUUUCCCUUGUUUGUCUGGCCAAUCAUAGCACUGUACAUCACCCACUCCAUACUGAUAUGCCAUUGUUCUGGUGAAAAGGCACUGGACUGAACAGACUUCCACUCUACUGGGGACUGCUUUACAGAACAGCUGACUGUACUAGGUUUGCAGGGUGCAAUGUGAGCAGAAAGGUAAGAAACAGCAGCAGAAUAGCAAGUAAAGGGUUACACUAAACACUGAACACAGGCUGCUAACAUGUGAGGCUGCUAACUUGAUUUAUGUUUCAGGAACAUUGCAGAUUCUCUAGAGAAUGGAAAAAAUCUGAACUUGCAUGUGACCUGCCCAGGGUCUCUUUCUACUCCCCUCUUCUGCACAUAGGAAAUGCUUAGCCCAGCUCCUACUUUCUGUAAUCUGUCGAUUUCUCCUAACAACAGACAGUGAACAGUAUUGUAUACAGUAUUGGCCAUGAUUUUAAUGGUAUGGAGUCAUUUCUGAAAAAAAAUAAUCUACAGAUAUAUUAGGAAGCAUAUAGGAUGCCAAAUGGAGGGAAGUUCUUUGAAACAACAAUGAUCAUUUAAACAACUUGAAAUGCCCAAAAUUGUAGAAAUUCUGUUGAAUUUGUAGAAAUUCAAAUCAGCUCAAAUGAAAUAAUAACAGGGAGCCCCGAACCAUAAAGGAGCCUCAAUUUCUAAUGUUUCCAAAUUUUCCUAGAUGUUUACACAGUAAAUGUCAAUAAAAAAAUUGUAAACCUUAUAUAAAGGGGAGGCUAUUAUACAGGAAUGCAGCCAGUACAGUAAUCCUGUACUCCAAUCCUUAAAAUAAAGGGGCUUCAUCAUAGUUUUUCUUUGCAACAUGGUGCUCCCGGAAACUUAAUGUACACGGAACUGCAGAUUCACAUGGUCCCCAAUUCCCAUUUACAAAUGAUGUUAUCUUUACACACAUAAGACAUAUCAUCAAUAAAGUCCAGUACUGUCUGUGAAUCAACCUUUGCAGCAAACGUGGAUAAUAUGGAGUUGACGUCAGCUGAACCUUUGAGGCCUUGUUAUUCAAGGGGCCCAUUAUUGUGUCAGAGAAAAGGCCUACAAGAACAUACUUUUGUACUCUAAUGGGCCACUAUGAUACUUCCCAUAGGCAGCAAUAGGGAAGGGUAAAGCGUGCCUUUCUGUAAACAGGAACAAAGACUGUUGGACAUUUUUUCCUUUAAGGCAGAAUGUACAGGGUUAAUUAUUUGCACAGUACAGAAUGUUGAUCCAUAAAUCUGUUCUGGUACCAGUGAGAAUUUUUUUAAAGCUUAAGGCCAGUCUCACUUGGCUUUCAUAUUAACAUGCAUAUUAUGUGCACCCAAACAAGCCCCCACCGUCCUGCUAUAGUGCAGAUUUAAAGUGUUGUCACCAUAUUAUGGCUGAACGAAUUUAGCCUUAAAGGGGUACUCUGCUGCUCAGCGUUUGGAACAAACUGUUCAGAACGCUGAAGCCGGCGUCAGGAGCUCGUGACGUCAUAGCCUCAUGACGGCUGUCACACCCCCUCCCAUAAACUUGCAUUGAGGGGGGCGGGGCUACAAUGUCACGAGCUACCGACACCGGCUCCAGCGUUUGAAACAGUUUGUUCCAAAUGCUGAGCAGUGGAGUAUCCCUUUAAGGGCCUUUCAAUUGUUAGCUAAUCGCUGGGAUCCUGUGACACCAAAUAUCAUCAUUAGUCGGCCAUACAUCUCUCUUUGUAAAAAGGGGAUAUGCGGCCAACAAUGAUGUAAGUGAAAGGCUGACAAACAAUACACGAUCAUUACUGUGGCACUGCACUGACAAUACUAGUGCAGCACUGCCUCUGGCUGGUAGUGCGGGUGACGCCGAUUUAAAAUGAUGCCUACAAUCCCCGUAUCCGUUCCUGCGUUCACCCAUUAUCUUGUUUUUUAAAUAUGCUAAUGAGGAACAAUUGGCAAGAGCGGGGUUACGAGCCAAGCCUGGGGCACUGUGACGUCAACGGCUAAUGAGUAUUCAUUCCCUUCCUCCGCCACUCCCCCGCUCUGUAAGCGCUUCUACUGCACAUGUACUCCCGGAAGCGGCCUUAGCGCAGCUUCAUUACAGUGGCGGCUAUCUUUGAGUGUGUAUCCAGGCAGAGGCACAUACGCAGUACAAGCGCUUACAGAGCGGGGAGGUGGGGGAGAGGUGGAGGGAGGAAAUGAAUAUUCAUUAGCCGUCAGUGCCCAAGCUUAGCUCUUAACCUCACCCUUGCCAUGUGUGCCUCAUUAGCAUAAUUAGAAAAAUGGUAGGCAUAAUUUUAAUCAGCAUCACCUGCCAGUAAGCCUUGUUAGUGCGGGUGACUUUGCUGACAGUUUUCCUUUAAGGCAAACUGAUUUGUGCCGCUGUGUCAGGUGGGGUUGGUAACUGGGAAGUGUGUAUGUUUUCAGGUUUUGUUAAAAGUUCUUAAAGUGGUUGUCUGGGGAUAAAAAAAAAAAAAAAAGCAUCAUAAAGGGUAAAAAAAAAAAAAAAGUCUGCAACUUCUUUCUUGUUCCUGGGACCUGGAGCAUCAAAGUGAGUGGCAGGGAAGGCCAGUAUGACUUAUUUUUUAUUUAUACAGCACCCCAGCCAUACAUACAUUGUUUUAUCCCUCCAACAACCUUUAAACACACUAUUUUGGGGGGGGGGGGGGGGCUAAAACUGCAUCAUAAACAUGCAGAGUAGGAUCUGGAAUCCUGACAUAGCAAGCAGAUGUUUAAGCAUACAUAUAAGGUCACGUCUCCCAGCUCAGAUCACACCUUUGAGCGGUGCCAUGAAAACAUGAAAUGAUGCGAGUUCUCAAUGUGAUGAACAUUCACACACCUGGGAGCUGCGGUGUGAUACUUAGACAAACAGAUUCAUUAGAAGUGCUACUUCCCUGCAUAGAAAACAGUAUAAUGAAAUGUUGUCAGUAACACAUUAGGAGAGAUCACACCCGCUAAUAUGUACUGAAUGGCAAUUGCAUUGUUUAAAGGGGUACUCCACUAGAAAACAUAGUGUUUUUGUUUGUUUUUUUAAAUCAACUGGUGCCAGAAAGUUAAACAGAUUUGUAAAU